AUGGCGGCGACGGUGCCGCCAGCAAACGAUGAACCGGGCAAACUCGACCCGGCUGUGGACCCGGCCGAUAGCGACCUAGAUGCGGAGGGCGAAGAAGAAACCGACUUAUAUGAAAUGGAUCAGCAGCUUCAAGAUGCCGUUCACCGAGCAUACACCGGAGAAGUUGAUCAGGAUGGCCCGGAGGAGGGUGCAGGUGGAAAUAACUCAAGCGUCAAUGGGUUGAACGGAGAAGCCGACGACGACGACAAUGACGAGGCUGAACCUGUUGGAGCCGUCAAGCUACCUGACGACGACGCGGGUUCUGAAGAAGACUAUGCGGAGUCUGAGACAGCCGACGCGGAUGCCGAUCCCAGGUUUGAGGCAAAUGACCGUGACGCAUCAGAACCCGAAUCAAGUGACCACGAGUCAGAAGCUGAGGACUGGGAAGCUGAGAGCAAUGGCGGCGAGGAUGUCGAAACUGAUAUCCGCAGUGGCUCAAACUGCUUUCAAGACGAAGAACACGAUCCAAGUGAAGAUUUUGAGGAAUGGCUCACUUGUGUUCUCACCGGCAAUGUGCACGCGAACAAGAAGCAUAUGAUGAAACGGAAGGUACGCAAACAUCUGGUCAUUGACUUCUGUCCCAUCACCCUUAACCUCUUUUAUGUAUUACACACACUAACAUCGCAACAUCCAGACCCAUGGAGGUGUCCUAGCUGUGUUCAAAACAACCUAGAGCCUGACACGACAAACCCAGCGACAGAAACCGGACUCGGAGCCCCAGCCCUUCCCAAAGAGCUUCUACCCGCGCACGCUGGCACACACGACGAGGGAUUCCAUUCUAUCUUCAACACAGGUGUCGACGACGAGAUGCUCAAUAGCUCGCGGUCGCUACGCAAGCGGAAGGCCUCGUCAAUCGAGGCCGAAGAACAACACACACCUGUGCUUCGCAAAAGACUUCGACAAACCUCCUUCCGCUCCGAUCACCCAAUUUCGAACGAUGCGGGCUUGGAGGGCGGGGAUCUCACCGGCGAUGGUGAUGUCCACUCUCCUGCUCGAACACGUUCUGUACGCGUGCGACGCACUCGUGCAGUAGACCGAGAGCACUGCCGCGUGGUCACUAGACAAUUUGGGAAAUUGAUUAUUGGGUUCCGGUUGGAUGAGACAAAAAUGGCUAAAAUAACAGGCUCUCAAAUCCGCCCCGGACGCAAGAAGAAGAAAGCACCAAAGCCGCCACCUGUGGCCCCAGAACCCCAGGCACACUUCGUUCCCCUUCCCCCGAUAUCCUACAACUCCAUGACCUUGUUCGACCGUGAGACCGACGACGCCAAAUCCAAACCAUAUGGAGGCAUUCUGUCCGAAAUCGAACAAGAUACAUCCAGGACACUCCCCACACAAUUUGAUCGCGACCGAUUCGAACAGGCACGUCUGAAAGCCGAAGAUGAAUGGCAACAGAAAGUGAAGGAAGCAGAGUUCAAUGGCGAAACCACUGCGCAUGCAUCACAAAAGGUCUCUGGCCCUCCUUCAAAGAUCAAAUCUAUCAACUUCGGUGGCUACGAGAUCGAAACCUGGUAUGCAGCGCCCUACCCGGAGGAAUACAGCCGGAACCGUGUUCUGUACAUUUGCGAGUUCUGUCUCAAAUACAUGAACUCGGACUUCGUCGCCUGGCGCCAUAAACUCAAGUGCCCUGCGAAGCAUCCCCCGGUGACGAGAUCUACCGUGAUCGAUCAAUCUCAAUCUUCGAAGUUGAUGGGCGCAAGAACCCGGUGUACUCUUUUCCUUGGUUCCAAGACACUUUACUACGACGUUGAGCCAUUCUUAUUCUAUGUCAUGACUGAGUACGACGAUCUGGGCUGCCAUUUCGUUGGCUACUUCAGCAAAGAAAAACGCCCAAGCUCAGCGAACAACGUUUCCUGCAUUCUUACCCUACCCAUCCAUCAGCGCAAAGGCUACGGAAACCUCCUCAUCGACUUCUCAUACCUCCUUACCCGCAUCGAAGGCAAAAAUGGAUCACCCGAAAAGCCGCUUUCUGACAUGGGUCUGGUGUCGUACCGGAACUACUGGCGAUUGAUUUUGUCAUACCAACUUCGUGAUCUUAAGGCACCUGUUAGCAUUGCAGAUCUGUCUGAUCGCACGGGUAUGACAGCAGAUGAUAUUGUAUCUGCCCUGGAAGGACUUCGAGCUCUCGUGCGGGAUCCCAUUACCAAGACGUACGCCAUCCGUCUCGAUCACAAAUAUUACAACGAGGUCAUCAGUGGAUGGGAAAGCAAGGGCUACGUCCAGCUCAAUCCAGAUGCGCUUCUCUGGACACCUUACAUUAUGGGUCGUAGCAACCAGUCUCAUUUCGAUCGUGCUCCCAUACAGACCGUCGCGCCCCGCGAUGACCCGGAUGAAGAGGAAGAUGAGACCGAGACAAGAGCGACUGACUAUGAGGGCAAUGUUCCAAUGGUGAAUGGGUCGGAUCGAGACACUCUCGCAGACUCCGCUGGACCGCCUUCCACAUUGGCUCUGCGGCCCAAUGGCUCCCGCCAUUCUACAGCGGGCAACUCUGAACCAGCUACAAUCCCCAACCCUGCCGCUGGAAUCCCACCCUCCCGGUUCGAACUUUGGCCUCCUGUGCCUCCUGCAGCACCUCCUAAACGCAGACCUGGUCGCCCAUCUGGUAGCACCAAACUCAAUAACAUGUCAACGACACCCACGGCUGCCCGUACUAACAGUAACGGUCGCGGCAGACCUCGACGACCCUCCGGGCUGGCAAUGGUCACUCCUGGAGGCAGCACUCGCCGGGGGAGAAGCUCUAUCCUCACAGACUCGCCCGCAGCCGAAGCAACACCUAGUCAGGUCAACGGUCCUGAACUGGAGCAGAGCGAAAUCGUUGAGGAUGUCGAAAACGUGGCUCCUGCAUUCAAAGGAGCUGGAGACGUGAGCGAAAAAGAAUCAGAGCGUGUUAAUGGAGAUGCUGCCACCAAGGAACCCGUCAAGACCAAUGGCAUUGAUGCUGCCGAGCCCGAGCCGUCCGAGGACAAGGACACAGAAGCGCCCAAGACCCCCGAGAAGAAGAGCAACUCUAUCUCGCGGUCACCUGGAACGGCAAUUUCCCGUCGAUCCAACGAUAACGCCAAGACACCGCGAUCAGUCAACCGGAAGGCUUUGGUUGAGAAAGUUCACGUUAUGGUUCCCGCUGAGGCAGGGUCUGCUUCCAAGUCACCAGGCAAAGGCGAGGGUCAAAAGGCCGGGGCCAAUACUAAUGGCACCGAUGCAGAUUCAGACGCAGAUGCAGAUGCGGAUGCAGAGAUUGACGCCGAGUACGAAGUCGAUGGGGAUGUCGUGAUGCAGACAUGA